GACUGGCACAUCACUUUCUCAGGUCAUGGGAAAUUGAGGCUCUUGAGGAAAGCCAUGUGACUUAACUGUGCUAAAUUCUUUUCCCCCUUCGACGAUGUCAAUAUUGCAUUGGAAAACUUCGUUUUGUUUUUUCUUUAAACCACCCUCUAGCUUUCUUUUUUUUUUACUCAAUAAUAUUGCAUGUGGAAGGUUCUUCAGUCGCGCCACAAAUUCAGAAGUGGGGAAGGGGCACAUUGAGUGGUGUAGAAGAACUUAGUUCAAUUGUUUGUUCUAUUUAUAUGGGCUGUUCUUUUCCCACCUCGCGAUAUUGGAGGAUACUCUCCGAAAAUUACACAAUUCACCCGAUAUAUAAAUUGAAGUGGUUCAGUAUCGUUCGCUUUAGUCGGUUGAGGUUCUUUUCGAACGGUAGAUGCUUUACGAGUUUUCUUCUUUUUUUUUGUUUUUAGUGGAGAGAAAUUCUUGUGCCUCAAGCUGUAGUUCUCAAGUAUAAAUUCUGUGGGAGCAGUGAAUGAACUGAUUCAGUGAAGACAAUAUUCUUUUCUUGGGAGCCAAAGGGAACAUGUGCGCGCGAAAGAGUGCCCAAAAGAUAAUCAAGUUGAGAAGAUAUAAAUGCUGAAUUGUGUGGAGGUCACUAGCGCGGGAAGGUGCUAAGGGGGACACUUUAGAGUGUGUAGAGAGACUCUCAACUUGGUGCUUUGCCUUCGACGAUUUUAGUGUUGUGAUACUAGUGGGAAUAGUAAGAAGUCCGGUCUGACGCACAAAUAAUUACCCAGAGAGAUACGUCAUACCCCGAGUACACAAUUCUUUUAACUAUAAAUUCUGUGAUAUUUGCAUGAGGCGCAACAGUGCUAGUUGGUAGUGUUCCACUCUAUUACAAAUUCAAUCAAACGAACAGUGAAUGACUUGCGAUAAUGCAAGAAGUGCUUAAGAUCUAAGUUCAAGAACAAAUUCAAGAGUUAAAUAACUUUUACUAAAGUGCCCCCGAAAAAUCAUGAAGAAAGUCAAAAACACUUCAAGGCUCUGGCUGGGUCUCAGACCGAGUAAUGCCAAGUUGGAGAAAACGAAAAUGUUCUUCUUUUAUGGACCAAGUUUUGCUGACAACAAAGUUUACGAGCUCAAUGACACAGCAACAGUGCUCAAACAUCCCAAAUUCGACACAAACAGACCUACAGUGCUGUAUUUACACGGGUAUUUGGAAUCGAUGGAAGUGGAGAGUAUCCAGGUGAUAGCUGAUGCCUAUUUAGCACGAAAUGAUCACAAUAUCUUGAUACUAGACUGGGCGGAAUUAGCUGAUGGAAACUAUCUUAUUGACGCAUUUCCAAAUCUAAAACCUCUGGCGAGUGCCCUUGCUGCUUGUAUCUUGAAGAUGGCCAUGGAUGGUCUUCGUUUGGACAAGUUCCAUGUUGUGGGACACUCAAUGGGGGGCCAAUUGGCGGGAUAUAUUGGACGGGAAGUGAUUAAGCAGUCUGAGAAGGGUGCUAAACUCAAAAGAAUAACAGCCCUCGAUCCCGCCUUUCCCGGAUUCUACUUCCCGCUGAAGUUUACAGGUGCUCUCAAUAGCAAAGAUGCUGACUUUGUGGAUGUCAUUCACACAGAUGCCUGGCUCUAUGGAGCACCUUUUGCCACUGGACAUGUGGACUUCUGGCCAAAUAGGGGCAAAACCCUACAACCCGGAUGCCCCAAGAGGAACUACAAAAUGCUCACGGACAACGAUUUGUGCAGCCAUCGAAGAUCCUGGAGAUUCUGGGCUGAGAGUGUCACUGAGAAAAAUCGACCGAGUUUCCAUUCAGUCAAAUGCUCCUCCUGGGACAAAUUCAAGGCUGGAGAUUUUGACAAGAGUGAACCAGUUGUCCUCAUGGGGAUAGAUUGUCCUUCAGGGAUCUCAGGGAAUUACUACCUUCAGACAAAUGGGGAGCCGCCAUAUUCAAAGGGAUCCUCAGGAACCAGCUACGCCGCCUGACGAGCUCUCGAUAAUCCGGGCUCUAGACCAAAUAUGCGCUUUUCUAUGUUCCCUUUUAAUUUAGCCGUGACACGUGAUUGUUUUAUGUAAAUUUUAUACGUGAUAGAGUAAUAUUGUUAAAUAAAGAGCGUCUUAAUUUUAAA